AUUAAGGAUUUAUGGCCAAUUGUGGGUUCAGGAUUGAGUAAAAAAACAAAGACCUCCAUUUUGACGUGAUUGUGGUUUACUCUGUGAUGCGGUUUUCGUCAGUGUUUACAACUACGUCACUUUAAUAUGGAAAUGACUUUUUCUUAGACACUAUAUAUGGAUUUAAAUAGUUUUUUGUUCGUUUGUUUUUGUAAUGUUUGUAUUGUUGCGUAUGUGCUACGCUACCUUGUGUUUCUCAGUUUUGCGUUUUAGUGUAUGUUAAAAUGUAUCUUUAAUACAAUUAAAAUCAUUUAUUUUUUGACAACACUGUGACUAAUUUGGGAAGUAUAUCCCUGUGUCCGAGUGACGCAGUCAAACUUUAUCCACAUCAAAUCGUUCCCUCAUCCUCUUUCCUGUCCCCCGAGAGUAAGAAGCAUCAUGAACAAUGACAGUGACGGGAGAGGUGAGGCAAACCACGUGACCGCGGGGUAUCAGGACAGAUUAGUGAAUAGGUAUGAGCAUGUCUGUUAGUGUCUGGGCAAAUUGCUGUCUCUUGGUCAACGAGGACUGACCCGGUUUGAACCAGCGUUCCCCCCUCUGCUCAGUGACCAGAUUUACUUUAUAAUAUAUCUUCAGUUGCUCGUGGACCUGUGAUGGCUCUCUUCCCACAGUCAUUGGAGGCAGAACACUUUGACGGGCUGUCGCUCCUCUACUGGAACUUUCCAUGUAGAAUUUAUCAUCAUCGUCAUGGAGACCGACCGGCAGGAAGUGUAAAGUUGGGUCAAGACAAAUAGGAAGCACCCUGCGGGGACGCCUGCGUGGGUCUGUGAUAUUCCGUUGCAUAUCCUAACAUGGCUUGUCCAAGGACGAUAAUGGGGCCACAUGGCAUCAAUCGUGCUGUUGAGAGACUAGAGUUCACAGACUGCAAGAAAGGACUUGGGGUGAAGAUUAUUGGGGGCUAUAGGGAACAGAGUGGUGAAGAGUUUGAUAUUUUCAUUAAACGGGUUUUACCAGGCGGCGUGGCAGCACAGGACGGUCGUCUUAAAGCAGGGGACCUUAUUUUAGAUGUCAACAACAGAAAUUUAGGGGGUGUUACAACUGAAAGGGCGGUGGAGAUUCUUCGCAUGGCGUCAUCUACAAAUCAUAUGUCUCUACUUAUCGUUCGUGAUGAUUCUUCAAGGAGAGAAUUCACUGUACUAAUGGAAAAAUAUGGUUCUAGCAGCAGUACUAGUUCUGGAUCAGACAGGACGUCGCCCACUUCUAUUUCCACAGGUAAAAUGACUGACACGGCCUCCUCCUCUUCAUCUUCACGAUCAACCAGUCCUCUGCUUCUCAGCCCUAAAGAUCUAAAUCCAGUGUACACCAAUGCCUGCAUCGCCUCUCCAUCACCACAAGUCUGCACCAGAGACUGCAUGAUUCAGUUGAUAUGUGUUGCCAAGGGGACAGGAUUAGGCCUGGUCAUCAGGGGCGGAGCUAACCGUGCAGAGGGGCCAAUGGUGUUCAUUCAGGAAAUAAUGCAAGGAGGCGACUGCCAAAAAGAUGGGAGACUUAAGCCGGGAGACCAGCUUAUAUCAAUCAAUAAAGAAUCACUCAUCGGAGUAACACAUGAAGAAGCCAAAAGCAUACUCACUCGUACAAAACUCAGACCAGACCCUACAGUAGAGAUAGCAUUUAUCAGACGAAGGUCUUCUUCAGGCUCCAGCAGUGGACCCCACAGUCCCAUCUCCCUUCAGCCCCCCUCGAAUACUGUUCCUCAGUUAAGGCCCGCUGGGUUGGGGGGAGUGACUCUGCCUGGAGGACUCGUUCCCAAGAUAGCCAAUACAUCCAACUCUGGAAGUGAGACCCUGCCUUCUGUAGAGCUUACUAAGGUACGAACCACAAUAGGAAAGCCUGAGCUAACCCCGGUUUCCUCACCCGAGAGUGCCUGUACCACAGUGGCCGACUCUGAUGUAAGUGUAACUGCUGUCUGUAAACCCAGUGAUACCUUCAGACCACCAGAACCUCCGUCUUCCAGCAUCCAGCUUAAGCCCGAGAAAAUAAAGCAGUCACUGGAGACCCUGGGAUUGAAACCUACAGCGUGUCAGGUCCAGACUUUAAGAGAAAGACUUUAUUUGAGCCCAGAAGGGACAGUGGCCUAUGGAGAUUUUGAGAGAGCGGCAAAGGAACUGUUUAAACUACCCCCAAAGUCUAACUCCGAGCAGAAAGUAGCGAGAUUGACAUCAGACGAUCUCAUCGAUUCUCCAUCAAACCCUACGCCAUCAUUUUCAGACUCGGAUGAUCUGGAUGAGAUGGAGAGAUUGAGAAAAGAUCACAUCGAGGCCUUGACUGAGAUCAAGCGACUGCAGGAUAAGCUGGUAGAAUCCCAGAGCCUUAAUCGUAACAUGCAGCAGGACCUAACAAAAGUUAAACAGGAUGCAAAAUCCGCAAUGGACGACGGCCGAUCAUUACGGACCCGGAUCCAUCUGGCAGAGGCUGCUCAAAAACAGGCCCGGGGUAUGGAGAUGGACUAUGAAGAGGUUAUCCACCUCCUGGAGGCCGAGAUUGCUGAAUUGAAGUGUCAGAGAGCGGGGCAACCUGGACAGGAGGAGCUACAAGACCUGAAAAAGAGAAUCGCCGUUCUUGAAUGUCACCUAAGGAAGAGCGAGACUGCAAAGAAGGGUUUCGAGGUCUCAACUGGGAAACUUCUACAGUUUGUGGAGCUCGUCCAAGACGUUCUCUCUGAAAACCAAAGCUGUACAAAAGGCCACAGCUCUGCCAGCGAUCCAAAGUCAACCACGCUGUCUCAGACGCUGGCUUCUCAAGGAGGGAAGAAACCAGCCUGGACAGCGUCUGCUCUUGCAAUGGAAGCUAAAGAAUUAAGUCAUGCUGUUAGAGCCAUUCUAGAGUUGGACUGUAAGUGAUGCCCGCGGCCACAAUUUCUGCUUCUCCAUGAAAAUCUUAAUUGCCAUCGUCUCCCUCAAACGGCCAUGAAUAUUCUCACCGUGUGACCCCUGACCCACUGUGAAAUAAUUUCAGCACAGAACUAUAUGUUGUUGCAAGACCGUCACAUUUAUCAUGUGUAUAUUAUCUCAGAAUCAGUUUAAAGGAUACGUGUGUAAAUUUUGUGUAUUAUUUACAUUGUUUGUUUUCCAAGCAAAGUGACUUGUAAUUUAAUAAAAGGUGAAAUACUCUGA